AUGGACCGGUUGAGGCGGCACCUGCAAUUCCAUCUCUCUUCUCCCACCAAGCCCCAGAUCCCAGCCAGAGCCAUCGUCUCCUAUAUCGCCGACUACCUGAUCAUCAUGCAAGUCCCUCACACACCUACCUCCUAUAUGGGAGUGCUGGCCAUUGUCUACGCCGCCCUGGACAAACUAGUCACCCCCUUCUCACAGCAUUUCUCCCUCAACAACAUCUACAUCCAAUAUCCCUACGCCGUGCACGAGAGGAUCCCCAUCCACAUCGCUCUGCUCAUCUCGGCCGCCUUCCCCGCCGUCGUGAUUCUAAUCUAUACGCUCUUCAUCGACGGUCUCUUCUCCCAUCAUCGCCGCACCACGCACGCCCGGUCCAAAUACAGCAUUGCCGAGCGCCUGUGGGAGCUCAACUGUGGCUGGCUGGGUCUGUUGCUCGCCCAGGGCGCCGCCUUUGUCAUCACCGGAACCCUCAAAAACCUGUGCGGCAGGCCUCGGCCCGAUCUCAUUGACCGAUGUCAGCCUCGAGCAGGCUCCACUGACGGUGUCCCCUACGGCCUGGUCACCAAGGCCAUCUGCACCCAACAGGACGAAUCCAUCAUGCAAGAUGGCUUCCGUUCCUUUCCUUCAGGCCACUCGUCCUCGUCGUUCGCCGGCCUGUUUUUUCUCUCGCUCUACCUCGCCGCCAAACUGCACGUGCUCGACCACAGGGGCGAGGUCUGGCGCACCCUCAUCGUCCUAAUCCCUACGCUGGCAGCCUCCUGUAUCGCCAUGUCCCGCAUCAUGGACGCCCGCCACCACCCGUUCGACGUCCUGUUCGGGUCGGCCCUGGGCAUCCUGUGUGCCUGGGGUGCAUACCGCCAGUACUUCCCGCCCGUGAGCCACGUGUGGGAAAAGGGCCACGCCUAUCCCAUCCGGUCGUGGGGCUCGCCCAUCAAGCGGCCCGUGCCCGGCAAAGUCCUGGUCGACAGCCAGACCCUCGAGGUCCUGAAUGACCGAGUCGCGGCCGCCGACGACGACGACGACAACGACAACGACAACGUGGGAUAUGAAACCAAUGCCAUCCCUUCCCGUUACGAACUCGCCUCCGCGGCCAACCGGCGUCCGACGAGACAUCGAGAAUCCUCGCUCGACGUGGAUCUUGAGACCGGUUAUGGCGGUGUCGGUUCCCCGUUGCAGCAGCACCAACAACAACAGUAUGGUUCUGUCACUGUCCCCCCGACUCUGAUGCCUUCUAGUACAGGCAACGUGUUCCGCAACCAAUUGGAGCAGAACCGGCACUUGAGAGCUGGCAAUGCCGGCCCCGACAGCCUCAGCUAUAGCCCUAACCCUAGCCCUAGCCCGGAUCGAGGACGAGGGCAAACCCGAGCCUUAGCCCAGCACGACGACGUGGAGGAUGACGACGACAGGAGACCUCUGCAGCCCGCCCGGCCAGAAGCUUGA